CUGUUAGUAACUGUUAGUUGCAACUGGAACAGCAGCAGCAACGGUAUUGCAUGUUAUUUUGCUGUUGGUGACUGGACUCUGCUGUUUUAAGAUAGUUUAUCAUUAGGCCCUACUGCUGUUGCAAACCCAAGGAAUUCCCUGUCAAAAUGGCCAAGUAUAGACUCGUCCUGCUGAGGCAUGGUGAAGGGGCCUGGAACAAAGAGAAUCGCUUCUGCAGCUGGGUGGACCAGAAGCUAAGCAGCGAUGGGGUGAAGGAAGCUCAGAACUGCGGCAAGCACCUCAGAGCGCUCGGUUUUGAAUUCGACCUCGUGUUCACGUCCAUCCUCAGCCGUUCUAUUCAGACUGCCUGGCACGUGCUGGAGGAGAUGGGUCAGGAAUGGGUUCCCACAGAGUCUUCCUGGCGGCUGAAUGAGCGGCACUACGGCGCGCUGAUCGGCCUCAACCGGGCGGAGAUGGCUCUGAACCACGGCGAAGAGCAGGUGAAAAGGUGGCGGAGGAGCUAUGAUGUCACUCCGCCUCCCGUCACGGAGUCCCACCCUUACUACCAUGAAAUCUAUAAUGACCGCCGGUACAAGCACUGUGACGUGCCAUUAGAGAAGCUCCCAAAGGCUGAGAGCUUAAAAGAAGUGCUUGACAGACUCCUUCCCUAUUGGAAUGAGAGGAUAGCGCCAGAGGUGAAGAGGGGCAGGACGGUUCUCAUUUCUGCUCACGGGAACAGCACGAGGGCUCUGCUGAAACACUUGGAAGGCAUCUCCGAUGAGGCCAUCGUCAAUGUGACUCUCCCCACUGGCAUCCCGGUUCUCCUUGAACUGGAUGAAAAUCUGUGCGCACUUGGCCAGCACCAGUUUCUCGGUGACCAGCAAGUGAUUCAAGCUGCCAUCAAGAAAGUGGAAGAUCAAGGGAAAGCCAAGCCUGUUGUUGAGAAAUAAAGACCACUUUACGAACGCUCUGCACGCAUCUCUUCCCAUACAUGGUGAACCCUGACACUUUGUCAUUGCACUAUGCCGACUUUCUUUGUUUAAUUUUUAAUUUUAAGUUCUCGGUAAGUGGCAGAUAAUGGCGCUUAGAUUUUAGCUUUUUGUCUUUGGAGACUAGAGUUCAGAUCAUGUUUCGAAUAACAGUGAAGAGUGUGAAUUGGUUAGAUUUCAGCAAGAAUAACAACACUGUUGAAUAAGCUUCCCACAUCUUUUAUAUAAUACACAAGAACCAGUGUGUCAAAUCAGUGUCAAGAAGCAUCUUUAUGAUCUACAGAGAAAAUUCCUUCCGAUUAACCUAGGCCUCAAGGGAGGGUUACGUAAUCUCAGCUUCACAAUUGCUAAAUCUUCACAGAAAUGCUUGAUUCAGAGUAUUGGUUCUUUUACCACACCCCCUGAAAAAUAAAGUUUUUUUAUUGUUUAUAAUUGCACAGCAUCUGGUAUGAAAUUAAUCUAUUUGUUAGACAGCUGUCUUUUUUAUGGCAUGGCUGACACUGUAAUUUUGAAUAAAGCCCUUUUUACAUGCACAAAAA